AUGACCAAAACGAUCUGCGGAAAUUUGCUGCACAGGCUGGGCCCCGGACUGGCAUCGGACAGUCAACCCCCACCUUUGCUCGUGGGCCCUUGUGUUGAUCAAAACUUAUCCGCCGUGCCGGGACGCAGAAUGUUUGGGCAAUCGUGCAGGGGGGCUUUCCCUCCCGCACGGCUACCACCCACACGAUGUGAUGCCAAGGUGCUCACGGCAUUUGCCGCCACCAUCACCAGAAACUGGAACGAAUGGUCCUGGCCGUUGGCGGCCGUGCACCAAAACCGUGCCGUGUCGCCCUUGAGCGGCGUGUUUGGCCACGGCGUUGGCGUGCCGUCCCCCACCCCCUGGGUCACUAGAAGAAAGCUGCAGGACAGCUCGAGGGGUGUGGUGGAAGCAGCUGCGCAAGGGCUCACCCAAGGUCCUGAUUUGACGUGCAUUGGUGAGGUUCCAAAUCCUCCAAGCCAUUUGAGACGAGGACUAGGACAAGAUCGGAACAUCAGCGCCCAACUUCGCGAAACAAGAGGAGUUACCGUCCACGGAAGUUAUGAGAUUGCUUGGCUCAGGCUGCUAUUUUGA